AUGCUCCAUCUACCGAUAAUGUCUCAACCAUCAGUAUAUUAUCUUCCACUACAGUAUACUAUAUAUCAGAAAUGCCUGGUUGAUGUUCUAAUUCAACUGCACAGAUCGAACAUCAAAGCAUACUUGAAAAGGCAAGAAGGUGAAGUCGAUGAUGAAGAAAUGGACGAUGACGCAAAAACAAUGUCUAAUGAAUCUAUGUUUGAAGCCUUUAUUUUCAACUAUAAACAAAUUACAAACCAUCCGUCUCUACUUGUUGACUAUUAUAUACCUCGUGAUUUGCUGCUGCUCAAUACAAAGGAGAAUAUUGUGGGUCUGUCAAACAAAUAUCGACAAGUGAGUGAGAUUCUAGACAGACUUGUAGAGAAGGAUGCCAGGAAGACCAUUGUGUUGAGUGUCUCUGAUGCCAAGGAAAUGGAUCUAGUUGAGUCUUUCUUAUUAGGCAAAUUCGGAUUACAGUAUUAUAGAUUUUCUGGAUCCUCACUAUACUACGAUAACCAUGGAUCGUUCGAUUUCCACCAAAGUUCCAAAACAAAUGAUCAAGUAAGUUCUGAGGUACGCAAGGCUCAAAACCCGCAAGAUAUUGACGAACAGAAAAGGAGGAAACCAGGACGCCAGAAAAAAUCCCAUGGGUCAGCGGCUACUUCAAGUAGUAAUGAAAAUAACAAUGGUAAUGGUAGUGGACCCAAUGAUGGGCAACAAAGAAGAAAAAAAUCCGGCCGUCCAUCUACGGCAGAGAAAAGAGCACGUGAACAGAGAGCACAGAUGAGUGCUGCCUUAGCAAAUGAUGGAACAGUGAAUGGGUCCGUUGAAAGUGAUCUCUCUGCUGGAAAUAACAGACGAGAGAAUAAGGAAGAGUAUAUACCAAAACUAUCUAAAAAUAACAGAGAGUUUUGUGAGAGACUCCUUGAAAAGAAGAACAAGAAGCUUAAUGUGUAUUUAAUUCUGUCAUCCCAAUUGAAAUAUCUACUACAGUUUGAAGAUUUGAAGAGCGAUUUGAUUAUAUCACUUGAUUCAAAAUACACAGAUUUCGAGGAGGUUUCAAAGAUUUUGAAUUAUGAGAUUCCAAUCUUGAAACCUAUUGUUGUUGAAUCACUUGAACAUUAUGAGUAUCAGAUGAAUGAAACUAUGAAUAGCAUUAUCUUUGAUGACAAAAAACCUCUGAAGAGGCAACAACGUUUAAUGAAUAGUAAAUCCAAUGAGGAUAUGAGAGAUAGUUUUGACUUUCGUAGACUAUUGGUUAUGCUUUCAUUAGCAGCAUGGUCAGGAAUAAGUGUUUACUCUGCUGAAUCAGAUUCGCCUGUCUCGAAUUCACUCAUUGAUUGGCUAAUUGAUCCGUCGAAUAAAGAAUACCCAUACCCACAAACUUUGGAAACCAGAAUUCCUUUAAUUUAUAAUCAGUCACUAAUUGAUAAUGUUAGAGAUACAUUAGAGGCUAAGUAUGAUUUGGCAAAUAACUUGGGAGUAAAAAAUUUAGACAAUUACGUUUUCUUCAAUGAGAAGUUGGACAAUAGGGCACCUGAAAAGACCGAGCACAAUGAUAAAAAAAUAAAACUAAACCCAGAGCACUGUGAAGUUCCCGAAAGACUGAGUUAUUCACAAUACCAGUUUUAUUUGAGAGAAUUGAUUAAAGAAACGCUGAGACAAAUGGAUGAAUGGAUGGAAAAAAGUGGAGACAUACUCCAUUUUGUACAUUUAGAUGAAACAGAAAGACAGUAUAUCAUGGAUUGUGGUAAUGCAGAUUGUGGGGAAUUAUUCAAGAAGAAUCGAGAUUUGAAGGUGGUUGUUGAAGCACGAGAGAAGGUAUUGGCUCGGAUGGAUCAAGAGCUCGAAAAAGUUUCUCAGUUAAAUGAAAUGCUAAAGAGCAGAUUCCAAGAGUACUCUGAAUUGAAAAGCGGGGAAAUCUCGGAUAAGAAGACGAAACAAAAUAACGAGAUGGAGAAACUAAAACUAAGAUUAGAAGAGUUGAAGAUGUCAAUUUCCCGAGCUGAAGCGGAGUCCAACGGUGUCAGAAGCAAGUACCAAGAAACAUCAACGAAGGCAGCAGAGUCUUCGAUGUUGUUGAAGAAGUACGAAAGUUUAGGCAAACUUCUACAAGAGGAGAGUAAGGGGGUUUUCAGGAAAGUGCAAUUAAAAUGUGUCAAGGACCAGCAGGCGUAUGUCACAAAGAAAAUAGAAACCUUGACGAAUGAUCAACGAACGUGGAGGGGUUAUCUUGAAAUAUUAAAUCGUGAAUUUGAGAAACGUUCCAAUGGUGUCCACCAAGGAAACGCAACAAGAAGUGGGAGAAAUGCAAGAACCCAAACUCCAUAUUAA